CAAACUCUAUUCCACCCCAAAACAAAACCACUGUAAGUGUUAUAUAAUUAAGAAACAGUUGAACAGUAAAUGUCGAACUCUGUUUUCUUUACAUGAACAUUAAAGAAGCAUGAGUAACUUUUCAUCCCUUUGGAGCAAAACAGGGAUUGUGUUUAAACGAACAGUCCCCAACUUCUUCAACGUUAUAAACUCCUCAAAAGAAACGCUUAUAGGUACAUACAGAUAGAAAUGCAGUAGGGAGAAUGGUUCAAGCUUAGACUACAACUCAUUAGGCAUGAUAUGAAAGCAUCAUAGGGAAUGUUCAUCAUCUCCUGACAUAUCAGGCAGUACAGCCACAAUUAGCCAGCCCAAAAAUGAUCUAGAAAAUGGAGAUUCGAUGCUAAACAACACUUUUAUCAACUGGCUUCAGAACAUCGAUAAAAGUCUUGUCCAUAAGGUAUUGGCAGAUGUUGGGGACAUUCAUGCUAAUGUUCUGCAUUUGCGCUAUCAUAGCAAUAGUGCAGUUAAUAGUAGUGGAAGUAGGCCUAAUGGAAUAUGCAGCCACAGCAACCUUGACAGUAACUGUCAUAGUUUUCUCUAUAGGAGCCAUUUCUGGAGCCCAUGUCAAUCCUGCAGUCACAAUUGCUUUUGCAACUAUUCCACUCCAUAUAUUGGCACAAAUUGUGGGAUCUGCUAUAGCAACAUAUAUUGCAAGAGUAGUAUAUGGCAUAAGAUCAGAGAUUGUGAUGACAAAACCACUGCAAGGAUGUACUGCGACUUUCUAGGUGGAGCUUAUUGCAACUUUCAUCAUUCUUUUCCUCACUGCAUCCUUGUCAAAUGACCAUCAAUCAGUAAGAUUCUGUCUCUUAAGUCAUUUUGAGUUCGACUGUUUGUAGCCCACACUUAUCUUGUGACCACGGAUACAUAGGAUUUAUAGAGGUACAUCGGACAUUCAUACUUGUAUCAUGUUGCACAUACUAGGAUCUUAGAUUUAGAGUCCAUCGACUUAUAUUUUGACUAUGUAGUACCCGUGAAGCACAGACUCCUCCUGGGCGGGGCACCCUUGUACAACGACACGUAUUGGACAUCGACACUCAAGAUACAUGUUAGACAGCUAUGUGGAGUAUCCUUUAUUCAUAUACAUUUUUAGAUUUUCUCUAUGUCUCUUCAACGUGUAUCAGACUUGUCAUCUCAUCAUAUUCUACAUUUAAUGUAGUGCUAAUACUCGAGUAGGCAUAUA